AUUGCCAAGCAUUUUGAGUCAAAUCAUAUGGACAACACAUGUGUAUUCAAAUUAUUAAUUGUAUAAGUGUACAAAACUUCUGCCAGGCAAAAUGCGUCGCCGCCAGUUCGACAAGUGUGUCAAAAAUACUAUGGGAGCCAAGCGCGUUAGGAUGGUCCAUUUCGGUCUAGAGUCCAAAUGUGUGCCGCUGAAACGAGAGGCCAACAAUAGCGCGAAAGUGCAACAGAUGCAGCAGCCAAACAGGAAGCAACAGCACCCGCAGUCUGUUAAGCAUGCGGCCUCGCCUCAAGCCAAUAAAGAGCUCAUUGUACACUGGACACGCUCGGAGCGCCAAAACUAUGAACCAAUUCGUUUGUUGCCACCCUGGUAGGUCUACCCCACGGCAAUAACCACAAAUAAAUAUUAUGCGCACCCAGCGGAUUCACUCUAAAAUUGACUCAAUCACUGUGUUAGGCAUCGGACCUCAAUCUAACGUCUGAGCGCUUUAAUUUUAAAUUGUGUAUCUCCCUUUGCAUCAAAAAAAAUUAAAAAUUUACAAGCAAUAUAUA